AUGAACUUACAAGCAUAUCAUCUCUCAGUAUCAUCAGAUGAUUCAAGCCAGUUAUUCGCAGUAUCGAAAGUGGAGAGCAGGGAUGCAGACCAGAAGCCGCAAUCAGGAAAGUUCUUAGGAUUGUAUAAGAGUAGAUCUAUCGAAGCUGAGUUAUAUGCUCAUCCCACAGUUCGUCGUUUGAUUGUGGAAAUGCAUGUUGUGUUCGACGAAGCUCGUAGAAAAAGGCAAAUCAGUGGAAAGUUUAAUUCAGACAAUACACUUUCUCUUUCUCGGAACUAUCGGUCAAUAUUGAGAGGAGCUGCUGAUGAGAACAAUCCUGAUGAUACCUACAUCCGUGAUUUCACUUUGUGGAGUUUGUUCGAGACCAUGUUUCUGAAAGGAGGAGAUACGGCGAUUGCUUACGAUUUGAUUCUGUGGGCUCAUGAUACCUUCACUUUUGUUGAUGCACAUGUAUCUACUGUUUCCGAAGAAAUAUCUGUGGGUAUUGACGCAGGACAUGGUUCUUUCUGGAAAGCAGCUGCUUUAUGUCUGGUCGCACUCAAGUUCGAUGAUUGCAUUAGACUAUUAGAAUACCUGAGAUCAGAUCGUUCUGCUUGUCUCUUGAUGGCUCAUCUUGACAAAUUCAAUCAAGAGUGGCUUCUAGAUGUUUCAAAGAAAACUCAAUUUGAAACAUGGAAGAAGAAUUUGUUAAAUGACCUAAAUGCCAAGGCUUUCGAAGAGAACAGAAACAUCAGUUUCUUAUGCAGGAGCUUAUGUGGAGAUGAAACAGUUUUGAGUCGUUAUGCGGGAAGGAUUGUAGACAAUUGGUGGGAAUUGAUGCCGUUGUACGUCUUUGCCAAGUAUGCAACAGUGUCAUAUAACUCUCUCGGGCCUAUUGCAGAAGAGUGUCGCAGUUUCUUCGAAGAUCUUGAUGAUAAUGUAGAGUUCGAUCCAUUCAUGGCUAUCUUCCAUUUGGGUGAUGUCACGAUCUUGCAGAAUAUGAUAACUAACCCUUGGCUGAGUAUUCAUUUGGUUGAAACAAUGUAUUCAAGUGAUGACUACGACCAACCAAUACAAGAACUCCGUAAUUGUUUAUUGUUAAAAUAUGGCUCCAGCUUGGUCACUUUCAGCAGCUUGUGGGAAAUCGGGUUCUCUUACCUGCUGGAAUGCGGUGCGGAAGGAAAGCUUAGAAUUGAAAGUCACAUCUUGCAUAUGAAUAUUGACGACGAAGAUAAAGCUAAUAAGCUUCUCCGAAUCUGUGUAGACAAUGAUUUAGAAGAAUCUCGAAACUGUGUUAUAAACACCUUAACCUUUAGACACUUACGAGCCGGAAAUUGGGGAUCAGCUCUGAGUUGGGCUUUGAGAGGAGGAAAGAGAAAAACCCUGGACACAGCUGUUCAUCAAAUUGUUUGGAAUGCCUCCGUCGUGGAAGUGUCCCGUCUGGGCAUGUUAGGCCACUUGAACAAGCUUGUGCUUCUGUCACCAUCUUUGUCAUUUUUAUACGGUUACUACCGUUUCCACAAAGCUUUACAAAGUGGAAAUAUUGAGUUGGCUACUCAGGUGCUUGUCCCUCUGGUACUGUCUGCCGAUGUUCCAACUUCUUUCCAUAAAGUAUUAUUCAACCACUUAACUUUCAUACUAGGAGAAAUCCAUGACAGAGUCUCCAUAUCAAAAGAAACGAUCGUUCAAUUGAUUACCUUCUUUAAACGAUAUAAGUGUAGUUCUGAUAUGUUAUCAGAAGAAAAUGACUUGGAAGAGCAAACGAUGACAAACAUCCAACGCUUAUUACUAUUGCGACUAGCAAAAGCUAAUGUGCUUGGGGAAUAA